UCUUUUCUUGCUGCAGCACAGAGAGAGGGAAUCUGUGUGGAAUAUUCUGUAUCCUUAUUGAGGAUUGACUCACAUAGCAAGAUCCAGAGAGUUGCUGAUGUUAUUCGCAGGUUUGAAUCAACCUAAUGAUCUUCAUUUUUUUAUGAUUUUUUUUGUGUGUAAAUUGCAAAACAAAUUUUUGAGAUUUGAAACACUCUUUUGAUUUUCAUGUUCUUUCAAUGUUACUCCACUUUUUACUGUGUCUCCAGAUCAACAGCGAUAGUUAUUGUUGCAUUUAUAGACUCUACAGAUAUGACUGUUCUGUUAAAAGAGCUGGCUCUGGACCCCCCGCCACCUCGCCAGUGGAUAGGAAGUGAGUCCUGGAUAUCUGACCCUUACUUGAUGGGCUUCAGUUUUUGUGCAGGAGCCAUCGGAGUUGCCAUUCAGAAAUCUGUCAUCCCAGGUUUUAGAGAUUUCCUACUGGACCUAUCCUUCUCCGAAGUAGCAUCCUCCGAUGUACUUACUGAACUAUGGGAGGACGCAUUCAACUGCACACUGACAAAAAGUAGGAGGAUCUGAUGCAUGUUUGCAUUGUUUGUAAGGUUGUUGCCUUCGCUAUAACAUGAUCCAUUUGCUCUUGAAAUAAAUAAAACAUAAAAACAUUAAAAAAUGCUCGAUACUCAUUUUGAUAACUCAGCUUGGGUUUCCACACAGUGUUGUGACACAGAUGAAAAAAAUAAUUGCACAUUUUGUUAAAAUGGUAUGAAGCUCCAGCAAUUUGUAAUUAACACUAACAUCCCCAUGUGUCUGCUUUAAGGUCCAGAAUCAAAUAAGAGAGUGUGUGAUGGAACUGAAAACAUAAAAACUCUGAAAAAUCCGUACACUGAAACAUCUCAACUAAGAGGUACGAACAUGAUAUACAAAGCUGUUUAUGCAAUAGCUCAUGCUAUUCACAAUGCAGUCUGCAAAGAAACAAACUUCACCACAAAGUGUGACAAAAACUUCCCUCUAGAGCCAAAACAGGUAAUUCCAAUUAGAAAAUAAACCUUAAGGUACUCAAAGUCUUUUUGAAUGUGAACAUUUUCCUGCCUUUUUUUCAGGUUUUAUCCAAGUUAAAGACAGUCAACUUUACCCGGAAUGGUUAUCCUGUGUCAUUUGAUGCUAACGGGGAUUCUGUAGCUUUUUAUGAGCUGGUCAACUGGCAGAAGAGUGAGAGUGGAGCUAUUGAACCGGUUACAGUAGGGUACUAUGAUGCAUCACUGCCUAAAGGACAGGAGUUUCAUAUCAACAGGAACAUAACCUGGAUUAAGGAUGGGACACAAGUAAAAAGUUACAAUCAUGAAAUUUUGCAUGUGUAACGUGUAGCAUAUGCUAUGAAAAAAUAAAAUGAUUCAUUUGGUUACUUUUUGUGUCUCUUUGAUAGGUCCCAGUAUCAGUGUGUUCUGAGAGUUGUCCUCCAGGAACUCAUAAAGUCCUGCAGAAAGGAAAACCCAUCUGCUGCUAUGAUUGUAUACCAUGUCCUGAAGGAGAGAUUAGUAACACAACAGGUACAUUUACAUUUUCAAUGCAGUUUUAUAUUUUUUUUCGCUACUAAUGAGUUGCUUUGAUAAAUCUUGCAGAUUCUCCAGACUGUUUCCCGUGUCCCAGUGAAUUGUGGCCUAAUGCACAAAGAGACGCUUGUUUCCACAAACCUGUGGAGUUUCUUUCCUAUGAUGAAGUCCUGGCAAUCAUCCUGGCUGCAUUCUCUGUUAGUGGGGCCUGUCUGGCCAUCAUAACAGCAGCUAUUUUCUUUCAUCACAGAACAACUCCAAUUGUCAGAGCAAACAACUCUGAGCUGAGCUUCCUGCUGCUCUUCUCUCUGACUCUGUGUUUCUUAUGUUCAUUAACUUUCAUCGGAGCUCCCUCUGAUUGGUCCUGCAUGCUGCGACACACAGCGUUUGGCAUCAUCUUUGUUCUCUGUAUCUCCUGUGUUCUUGGCAAAACUGUAGUGGUUUUAAUGGCCUUUAAAGCUACACUUCCAGGUAGUAAUGUCAUGAAAUGGUUUGGGCCUCCACAACAAAGAAUGACUGUGGUCUGUUUUACAAUUGUUCAAGUACUGAUAUGUACAAUUUGGUUGUUACUCAGCCCUCCAUACCCAAUGAAGAAUCUGAGCACAUACAAGGAGAAGAUCAUCCUGGAAUGUGCAUUAGGUUCUGCUGUUGGGUUCUGGGCUGUGCUCGGGUACAUUGGCCUGCUGGCUGUUUUCUGCUUUGUGUUAGCUGUUCUAGCUCGGAAACUACCUGAUAAUUUUAAUGAAGCCAAGCUGAUAACCUUCAGCAUGCUGAUAUUCUGUGCAGUGUGGCUCACCUUCAUCCCAGCAUAUGUCAGCUCUCCUGGAAAAUUUACUGUAGCUGUGGAGAUAUUUGCUAUUCUGGCCUCCAGUUUUGGACUGAUUCUGUGUAUAUUUGCUCCAAAGUGUUUCAUCAUCUUGUUUCAACCAGAAAGGAAUUCCAAGAAAAUUUUAAUGAAGAAAAAUUGAAUGGAUAAUAUCUUAA